CGGAGAGCGCGGAAGCAUCGCUGGCGGCGGGGAUGAUGAUGGGCCCGAGUCGCCUCACCUGGGUCCUCCUGGGGGCGGCCGUCACCUGCGUCGUGGCGCAGCAUGCACCCCCGUGGACAGAAGAUUGCAGGAAAUCAAUGUAUCCUCCUUCUGGACCAACCUAUAGGGGUCCAGUUCCAUGGUACACCAUAAAUCUUGACUUACCACCCUACAAAAGAUGGCAGGAACUGUUGGCUGACAAGACUGCAUCAUUAAAGAUACUAGUGAACUCCGUAAAGAACGUAGUAAAUGCUUUUGUGCCAAGUGGAAAAAUUAUGGAGAUGGUAGAUCAAAAGUUGUCUAGUCUUCUCGGCAACUUACCUGCCCCUUUUGGUGAAGAAAUGAGAGGCAUUGCAGAUGUUACUGGAAUUCCUUAUGGAGAGAUUAUUUCAUUCAAUAUUUUCUAUGAGCUUUUUACCAUGUGUACUUCAGUGAUAACAGAAGACAAAAAAGGUCACCUACUUCAUGCACGAAACAUGGAUUUUGGAGUAUUUCUUGGAUGGAAUGUAGAUAAUAAUUCCUGGGUCGUAACUGAAGAACUAAAACCCUUAACAGUGAAUUUGGACUUUCAAAGAAAUAAUAAGACUGUCUUCAAGUCUUCAACCUUUGCUGGCUAUGUAGGCAUGUUAACAGGAAUGAAACCAGGACUGUUUAGUCUUACACUAAAUGAACGUUUCAGUACAAAUGGCGGAUAUCUGGGUAUCAUCGAGUGGAUGCUGGGAAAGAAAGAUGCCAGAUGGAUAGGGUUUAUUACCAGAUCAGUCCUGGAAAAUGGUACAAGUUAUGAAGAAGCUAAGAAUAUAUUGACCAAAUCCAAGAUAUUGGCCCCGGCAUACUUUAUCCUAGGAGGCAAUAAGUCUGGAGAAGGAUGUGUGAUUACACGAAGCAGAAAACAGUCUUUAGAUGUAUAUGAAUUAGACACCAAGUUGGACAGGUGGUAUGUGGUACAAACAAAUUAUGACCGUUGGAAAAAUCCCUUCUUCCUUGAUGAUCGAAGGAAACCUGCAAAGAUAUGUCUAAACCGGAUCUCCCAAGAGAAUAUCUCACUUGCAGAUUUGUAUGAUGUCCUGUCAACAAAACCUGUCCUCAACAAGCUGACUGCAUUCACAACCUUGAUAGAUGUUACCAAUGAUCGCUUUGAAACCUAUGUGCGAGAUUGUCCAGACCCCUGUAUUGGGUGGUGAGCAUCAAGCAGCUGUUGCAAACCCUACCUGCAGCAAGUGGCUCCAUUCUGAUGAUGGAAGCAGAUAGCCUGCGUAGCCCACACUCUCCUUCCAAAAGAGCAGAUGUUCUCUAAUCAUGAACUUACCUUUCUCAGAAUGUUUACAAUUCACAGGCUGCUUUUGCCCUAACAGUUGAUUGUUGUUUUGUAUUGAUAAAUUUCUUGACAUAAAGUACAGAGUUUGCUGAGUUCCAUUUCACUUUGACCAUUGGGGCAGAGGAUGUGCAGUCACACUGCUGUCUGUCCUCCAUGGAAUGAAGCCAAGGUGUUGUGGGUGUUGUGGUUCUGUGAGUGCUGAAUUCAGUGUAUGCUUGUGGCUAUACUUCAGUACUCUGCAUGACUAGAUUUUCACUUUGACCUGCAUAUAUGAAUGUUUUUCAGCAUAGAAUAUUUUUCUUAUAAGUUCUAACUACUACUGUUCACAUAAAUUUACCAUUUACAUCUUUGCUUUCUGUGACAGCAGUGUGAUUUCACUAGCUGAUGGGAGGGAAUAAUAGAGAUAUUUGAUUGUAUAUUUCUUGAAAAGGGCACUAAAUAUACAUUUGAUUCUGAGUAGGAGUACUUUGUGGAGCUUACAAAAUAAUCAACACACAAGCCCUUCUUGAUACACAGACUUGAAAUGUUCCCUUUUUCAUAAUUCCUCUACCUCCUAUAACCCCAGGAAGUACUUAACUUCAAAAAAUAGUUUCAGGUUCUGUUCUCAUGAAAAAUAGGAAAGGAAUCCAAUAUUUUACUAACACUAUAUAUGACUUAAUGAACCAAAUUUUAGCUUUCCCUUCUGAUCAAAUAUAUUUUUAAAACUCAAUAUUAAAAAUGUUUUUCAUAAGUCUACUUAGGAAAGAAUUAAUAAAAGUUGUUAAUCUUUCUCAAACUUUCAUAAUUAACUGUGAAACAUAUGCUACUUGGAUAAGAUUGUAUCCACUUCAUUUCUUUAUAAUAUUGGUUGUUUUCAUGCAUGACAUUCAAUAAAACAGUCAUGGGAAGUAGUGUCA